UGGAACAGCACCAUUCCCGCUGAAAGAGCGAAACGAAGGGGAAGAAAAACACGUUGUUUCUCACACAUGCGUGUAUAUUGUAUUUAAUAAAUUUAUUUUAGUCAACACUAAGACAAAUAUACAUUUAAAUUACAAACAUGAGUGCCAAUAAAUUCAAAUUUGGCAAUUUGCAUUUAAAAAAUGCCAAAGAAGUUUCUGAAUACACAGAUAAGUUGAUAGCAGAGACUGAAGAACUCAUAACCAAUCAGAUUCCAGACAAAAUAUUCUCUUUAGACAAAGCAAACACAGAGUCAUUUCUUCCAUAUAAAGAUAUAGUAUCGAUAACAACAGAUGUUGAUAUAUGCCCAGAAUCUCUUGCAGGUGCAUUGAGCAGUAUACAAGAGCUUCGGAAUUCCAAUGAUCAUGUGCCGAAUACGAAAAAAAGAAAGUUAGAGAACAAUGAAGAUGGUUUCUCAAAUUUUGCCGGAGUUCCAUGUAAUAAGAAACUAACGCAUCUUAUUGAUCUGAUAAAACCAGAAGUUAGAGAUGUCAUACAGACUUGUGAAAAGAUACAGAUGUGGAUCCAGUUGUUAAUACCUCGAAUUGAAGAUGGAAAUAACUUUGGUGUGUCUAUUCAGGAAGAAGUUUUAAAUGAAGUACACAGAAUUCAAAGUGAAUCAGUGAAUUAUUUGGACUCUAUUUCGAGAUAUUUCGUUACUCGAGCAAAGAUUGCAUCCAAAGUUGCAAAAUAUCCAUUUUUGGAUGACUACAAGCGCGCCAUUAAGGAGAUUGACGAAAAAGAAUAUUUAAGUCUGCAGUUUAGUAUUAAUGAGAUGAAAAGCCAUUAUUUGCUUAUCUUGGAUGUUGUGUCGAAAAAUUAUGAGAAAAUAAAGAAGCCUCGUUCGUCUGCCAAUCUGACAUCCAUGUACUAAUAAAGUUCGUGCAACCAUUGUUUUUUCUGUAAACGGAACGAUGCGUUUUUACUGCAGUUGUUCUUCUCGGAAUUUGAUAAAAUAUUUAAUGUGUGUUAGGCACAGGUUUUUAUGCAAUUACAUUUUAAAAACAUUUUAUAGUGUUGAUAUUGCGUAUAAAAGCUUCUUCGUGUUCAGUUUAUAAGCGCUACAACCUCCGUUCUUCAUUAAGAUGUAUUGUGCUUCCCGUUCUGCAAAUUCCAGGACCCUCGCACUUGCGCCUGUCGUUCUUCACGGACGAUUAUUUUUGGUGGUUUGAGGUAGAUAUUUUAUUAUCCUUAAAGAAACUUUAAAAAAACAUUUUAUUAGCAUGUAGAUGUUUAUCAUAUAAUAUGAUUUUUAUUUAUUCGAA